GGUUUUUAUCCAAGGGGCGUUUUUUCUUCUGUCCGUCAUAAGGACCAGACCGGAGUGUAUGAGUGUGUGUGUGUGUGUGUGUGGUGAGGGAUGAGAGAUGGACACUGGGUGCGGGAUGCGCGCGCGGCAGACUGCUGACGUUAGUGUACAUGUAAUGAUCAUUACUGCUGCUGGUGGUUCACGUCCAGAAGACACCUCCUGAAAAGCCUGGGAGAUCGUGGAUGUUCAGACAUCAUAAUUCCCUGAUUACAGUAGAAUAGUCAGUAGCGCGAGAGAGAGAAAAAAAGAGAAGAGAGAGAGAGAGAGAGAGAGAGAGACAGACAGACAGAAAGAGAGAGAGAGAGAGAGAGAGAGAGAGAGAGAGAGAGAGAGAGAGAGAGAGAGAGAGAGAGAGAGAGAGAGAGACAGACAGAAGCGUCUGUUAUCAAUGCGGCAUAAUCACUCGGCGCGAGGAGAAAUGGAGCAGGACAGGCUCUGAGGUGGACAUGGACAUGUUCUUUUGGGAGACGGAGCUCCUGAUCAUUUUCUCUACCUGCUCCACCAGGUCUCCACCUGUGUGAGGUCACGGAGAGCCGGCGCGCGCGCGCGCUCUCCGCAUGAAUCACGCGCACUGACAGGUAGACAGACCCGCAAGCCGUGUGUGCGUGUGUAUUGCGUGCGUGCGUGCGCGCGCGCGUGCGUGUGUGGUGUGCGUGCGUGUGUGUGUGUGUGCGUGUGUGUGUGUGUGUAGGAUUUUGUAUUAUUAUUAUUUAGAGACAGAUUCAGGCAGAACCCCCACCACCACCACCACUUUGCAGAGAUGCUUCCUGCGUCGGAAGCCGCAAAGAUCUACCAGACGAACUACGUGAGGAACUCGCGCGCCAUCGGCGUGCUGUGGGCAAUCUUCACCGUGCUGUUCGCCAUCGUCAAUGUGGUGUGCUUCAUCCAGCCCUACUGGAUCGGCGACGGCGCGGAGACCCCGCAGGUGGGCUACUUCGGCCUCUUCCACUACUGCAUCGGCAACGGCGUGGCGCGCGAGCUGGCCUGCUACGGCACCUUCUCCGACUUCAGCUCCAUCCCGUCGGGAGCCUUCAAGGCCGCGUCCUUCUUCGUGGCCACCUCCAUGGUGCUGGUGCUCUCCUGCAUCGCCUGCUUCGCGCUCUUCUUCUUCUGCAGCACCGCCACUGUCUUCAAGAUCUGCGGCUGGAUGCAGCUCGCGGCAGGUACAUGCCUAGUGCUCGGAUGUCUCAUCUACCCUGACGGCUGGGAUGCUGAGCAGGUGAAGCGGAUGUGUGGAGAGCAGACGGAUAAGUACACGAUCGGAGAAUGCUCAGUGCGCUGGGCCUACAUCCUGGCCAUCAUGGGCAUCUUGGACGCCCUCAUCCUCUCCUUCCUCGCCUUCGUGCUGGGAAACCGGCAGGACGGCCUCAUGGGAGACGAGCUGCUGGGAGACAAAAGUGGAAACGCGUAGACGUUCAGCCGGAGGAGGGUGAGUUGAGAUUGAUUGGGGGAGAGAAAAAAAAAGAAGAAGUGAAGUUACGUGAUCCAGUCACCAUCCAGCUUUUUUUUUCUUUCUUUUUUUUUACCCAGAAUCCUCUGGGGCUGAGGGGCUGAGUGUGUAUUAAAGGGAAAAGAAAAAAAAAGAUGUCCAGAUUGUUGAAGAAAAAAAAAAGAAAAAGGAGAACAGACUUUACACGGCUGUAAGGACUGGACCAGGCAGCUACACACACACACACACACACACACACACACACACACACACACACACACAGUUCUUUAAUGUGUUAGGAUUGGUGUCAGCAUUUCACAAUCUGUAUGUCUCUAUACACACACACACACACACACACACACACACACACACACACACACACACACAAUAUACUGUAUAAACGUGUACUUGUGGACAGAACCGGACUCUCCAAGCGAAGCUGGAGACUGUUACCAUGGUGACGAAUACCACCGGAGGAGAAUGAGGGAGUCAUGGCAACCUCUGUUUCCUUUCAGAAGUAAAUUACCACAACAGAGGAGCCAGAAAAAGACCACACACACACACACACACACACACACACGUUUAUUUAACCCUGUUCUGUAGAUAGAUGGUGAUCGCUACGUGUCAGUGACGUGUUGUUCUUCUCUUCCUCGUUAAAGCGGUGUAUAUAUCUCCCAAAAUUCACUCAUUUUUAUAUAAAGCAACUUAAAGAUCUAAAGACGCUCUGAACACCAUUAUUUAGGUUCCGGUGUCGACAUCAUACACAUAAAACAGCUACAUGC